AUGCACCGUCUCCUCGGACCCCCUCGACCGACGACGCUCGCACUAGCUGCCACCCAACUACACUGGGAGUCUAUACAAUGCCGUACGCCGGGCGGCCUCCUACCCCGAUGUCUCUACCACACAGCCCUUCGCUGCGUACCCCUCCUGGCACCCCGUGACUUCUGGUUCAGUCAGUGGAUGGGUGGCCCCAAUGGCGCUACAUUCCAAUGCCCGCUCGGCGCCUCCCCUCAUUGUACCAUCCCCCGCCCCCAACAUACCACCACUGGUGGAUCGAUGCGACUCGCCACCCCUUCUCCACCACCUGAAGGCUCCCUGGGACAUACCCAGGCAGACAGCCUCCCGAUCACAUGGCUCCUCACCAUACCCACGGGCCAGAUUACCCUACGCAACCCCUCCUCCAUCCACCACGUCUCCACCCCCCAGUGGUACAAGCUCACCACUAGCAACCCCGUUCCCAUCCACAUCGGUUUCCUCACCUCCGGCACUACCCGGUGCCUCCUCACCCCCGCCCAACACCACUGGACUGAGGCACUCAGACCCCUAGAUGCUACCCACUGGCUCCAUCACCCCCCACCCACCCUAUUUAGCACCACACCUGCGGACGCCAGCACCACCAAGCCCAAGGUCCUCACAGCUUCCACUUCCACUCACUGCCUCCACUGA